AUGGUUACUUCAGCAAGUACGGAAAACUCCACUUCCAGAACGCCCCCUCAGGCACGCAAACAAGACGCGCACGAGGAAAAGAGCUGCAACAAUGGUGUCUCUGUCGACUACUCGUCAUGGAAGGCAGACGAAGUUAGAAAGGAGUGCACUCGUAGAGGGCUUAAGGUGAAGGGGAAUCUCAAGAAAGACGAACGCAUUACGAUACUCAUGCACCACGACAUGCUCCAAGCUUCAAUCGGUUCCAGCACUAUUGACUCAGCUUCGGAGAUCUGUGCCAUCAGCGCUGUAACGGGGUACAAUCCAGUGUGCCCCAUGUUACAUAAAGAGUGA